UUCUCUCUCUCUCUCUCUCUCUCUCUCUCCAGCUUUAAAACCUCCCGAUUUCCCUCUUUUGUGCUUCUUCGUCCUCGGCCCGAUUCCUCUUUACCCGACUCGCUCUCCGACUCAGCAUCCUUUCCCCACCGUCCGAUCCUCUUCUCAAUCUCUCCCUUUUCAAAAUUCUAACUGUCGGAUUCUACCAUGUCCGAAGAAGCCUCAACAGCGACCCACCCCGACGGAUCUUCUUCGGAAGAUCCGCCGCGUCGGAAUCACACGGGUCGCAAGACCCGUCUCCCCCGCGCCUGCACUUCCCGCCCUCCCACUCAUCUUUACCCAACCUCCCCCAUCCAUCGCCGUCCCGACCGCAGACCCGACCGCAGGUCAGAUCGCAAGCCCGCCACCGCUGCUGGCGACGACGACCAGCAGCCACAAUGCAGCAAGAUCAUCACGCCGCUCGUUCACUCCCCGCCCCCGUCGCAGCUGCCUCGGUGGGGCCUACGGUCCAUGUGGGAGUUGGCUUCCCUCCUCAACCUCCUACACGUCUUCCGGCCUCUUUUAAAUAUCGGAGUCGAGUUUUCUGCGGAGGAGCUCGAGACCGCCUUGAUCACGCCGAACAACACGUUGGGUGAUAUUCACAUUCCACUGUUAAAGGCAAUACCUCCUAUCGCCCGCAUGGCACUGGGACGUGCUACUUGGGUAACAGUAUUGUGCAGGAAGUUGAAGGCCUGGUGGCAUUGGGUUGCAGAUGGGGAGAUUCCGAUUGUUGCAUCUCAUGGAGCGGAGGUUGAAGCAUAUAAGACUCUUGAUCCUGGGACUCGGGUACUAAUCUUGAAAGCGCUAUGUGAUAUCCGUGUCGAGCAAGAAGACAUUCGAAGCUAUAUUGAUGACUCUAUAAAACAUGGGAUACAACUCUCUGCAUUUCGUAAAGAACGAAUUGGGGGCGAUUCGCAUGGGACUUCAUACUGGUAUGAAGAUGAUCCAAUCAUCGGUCAUCGAUUGUACCGUGAAAUUAGAAAAGUGGAGGUGAAGAAGAUGAAGGCAAAGGGGAUUCCAUCCAUUCCUAUUGUAUCUUGCCAAUGGGAAACGGUUGCAACCAAUUUAGAUGAAUUCCAAGAAGUUUCAGAGAAGCUUCUCUCAAGUAAAAACAGGACAGAGGCUGCACUUGGAAAGAGAUUAAAAUUCGAUAUUCUUCCAGAGAUUGAAAAAAUUCAUAAGAGGAAAGAGAGGUUGCUGAAAAAACAACACAGAGAAGCUCUCCUUCUUGAUAGCUAUUUGACUGCAGAUGGGGUUGCAUCAGGACGCUCCCUUCGUGACAGAAAACCUGUCACCUAUACUUUUGAUGAUUAUGACCGUUCAAUCAAUGAGGCUAUAAAAGAAACCAAAAGGAGGCAAGCAUCUCCUGAACCUUUUACUAGAAGAGAAGUUGUUGCAAAGCCUGAGGUGUAUACCAAUGGUAGACGGAAUGGUCUAUCACAAGACCGUCGUCAAGUUUCCAAUGAUACACCAUCCCCAAAGUCAACUGAUUAUGACGAAACUGAUGGGGAGCAUAAAGAUGAGCCUCUGGAUCGCGCCAAUCGGCGUAGGCAAAGGCCUCAAAGAUACUCAGCAAAAGAAUUUGUGGAAGCUGUUUCAGAUAAUGAGGCAGACUAUGACAGCAAUGAUGAUAUAGUUGGAGAAGCAGUAUAUGAUGAUGAGUAUCUGAGAAGCCGAAAACAAAAGAGGACGGUGUCCAGCAGCUCUGAGGGAGACGAGGAAUACCAGUGGGAUGAGGAAAAUGCCGAAGACGAGGAAGAAGAUGAAGAAGAUUCUUUGAGCAUUAGUGAAGAUAUUGAUGAGCCCCGCCAAUCUAAGAAAUUUCCAAGUCGCAGUCGGAGGGGAACAAAGUUGAGAUCCGUUGACGAACUCCAGUCAGGCCUCAGACGGAGCAAGAGGGCCACUCGCAACCGCAUUGACUACCGCCAAUAUGAUAUGUCAGACUCAGAAGCUGACUCAACGAAACUCGACAAGUCUAAUGCAUCAGAUGGGCAUUCAGAUGCGAGCAAUGAUGUGGAAGACUCUUCUGAAAGUCAAGAUUCUGGUGAUGAUGAACAUGACCAGGAAAUGAAAGAUUCUGGACUGGUUGAGGAACGUGUCGAGACAGUAGAUGGAGAGCAAAGCCCUUCCCUUGACAAAGCACAUAGCCUCAAUCUAGAAGGAAAGGUUGUACCAAAACGGCGAUUUCUGGACCUGAAUGAGCUUGCCCCAGGUACUGGUUUUGACGAUGGGCCUAGCACAGUAAUGAAAGAUGAAGAUGCAGACUAAGUUAUAGGCAUUACCCAAGAAGAGAAUCCCACUGUGUUUUCUUCGUGUAGGCACAUAUUGUCUCAGGAACUGUGUCUAUUUUCCCAAAGUGAAGGUUAUGUAUGAUCUUCUCUAUGGGAGGUGUACGAUAAUUCCAAUUUUGGUAGGCUCGUGAAGGGGGUUAUUGAGUUCCUUCUAGUCACACGAGGUGGGCCCCACAAACAACCAUGCCGAUGUAAUUCAUUCAGAUGGUUUCAGCAUGGAGCAAAUGGUGUUUGUGAAUGUAAAGAUAGGGUAGUCUUCACCUUGAUGUUUUACCAUGGUCAACAAUCCGUUAGUGGAUGGCAAGUCAUAGGGAGUCCUCUACUGGUAUGUUCUUGCUUAACCAAUGUACAAUACCCCAUACAGGCUGAUAUGGUAUGUGGCAUUUCAAAUGUGCGAAUUAGUUUUAUCUGUUGGGUGCUUUGCAUUGGUCUGCUUCCUAAGAUGCUUUGGGGGAAGUAGAAUGGCGAGACCCAAUUGCUUGUUCUCAUGGAAGUGUAUCCAGCCCCCCCUAGAGAGGUAAACUGUGUCUCUUUUAUUCGAUAGCAACAACAGCAUUGUUAGAUUCAUUUAACUUUGCAGUCUGAAAUUUCUGUCAUCCAGUUAAACUGUGAUAACAACAUAUCAUACGGAAAGAGGUGCAUAUGUUGAAAUUGCUU